AAAACUGGAAUCCACACCCUCCAUCUGCAGACUGCUUAUCAUGUUGAGACACCUCCUUGUCUUUGUCUCUUCCAGCCGGCACUCACUCCAAAUAUUAAGCAUAAGCUGAACUCACAUAAAUCUAAAGAGGGAUAUUCUUGGAGCAUUCAAGAGGAUUUUCACAAAGUUCACAAUCCAAAUGUCCUGCUGAAACGGUCUGGAGCGAUGGAGUCUCCAGAGUUGUCCCUGCUGUCGUCCUUGAGGGGAGACUUUAAAUCAGAGGAUUACGUCCAACCCCACUAUAAGGAGACAUACCGCCUGGCGAUUGAUCGCCUGGUGAGCGGCGGCAGAGACAGUUAUCACGAGUUCCUCAAAGGAGAACGUGUCGGGAGCUUCCUCUCAGAGGACGAACUUCUCUUCAUCACCGAAAAUGCAGAGCAGAUCCCACCUCAAAACCACACUGAGGAAGUCGAUGGCCCACAAGACAAUCAAUCAUCAUCAGGGACGUACUGGCCCGUCCACUCGGAUGUGGACACACCAGAUUUGGAAUUGGGGUGGCCGGAGGUCAUGCACGAUAAACUUCAGACAAAUGUGAAUCUGCUCUUCCAUCCGCCCAGACAAAAUAACCCCACAAUCAAAGAGGUGAUCCGGAAGCAUAUUCAGGAUGCAAGACAGGUCGUUGCCAUUGUGAUGGACAUUUUCACUGAUGUAGAUAUAUUCAAAGAAGUUGUCGAUGCCUCUGUACGAGGAGUCCCCGUCUACGUGCUUUUGGAUGAUUUUGAUUUGAAAAGUUUUCUCGCAAUGGCUGAAAGUCAAGAUGUCAAAAUUCAACAACUCAGAAACAUGAGAGUGCGCACUGUGAAAGGUCAGGAUUACCUCUGUCGAUCAGGAGCUAAAUUUCACGGGGCAAUGGAGCAGAAGUUUCUUUUAGUCGACUGCCACACAACGAUUUACGGGUCAUACAGCUUCACAUGGUCAUUUGAGAAGAUCAAUCUGAGCAUGGUGCAGGUCAUCACAGGCCACCUGGUGAAGUCCUACGACGAGGAGUUUCGAACUCUCUACGCCCGCUCGACUGUUCCUGCUGAACUCUGCCCACCGGAGGGUUUAUUCCAACGCAACGGGCCACAUGGACGACAGAUUUUGCCAUCCGUCCAAAAAAUUGAACGGAGAGACCAGCUGAGGCACACACUGGACACAGUGUAUCGGAAGACCUGUGAGAGGAAACUAGGGGCACGAGACCAUGAGGAGAGGCUCUUUGAAGAAGAACAUGACCAGUUUGGGCCCCUGAUUGAGAACGGAAUCGGUGUUCAGAACCACAUGCCCCAAUUUCAACCUGCAGAGAACUUCUUAAAAAGGCACAGUUACGCUGGGGAGAGACAAGAUGGAUUCACGCCGCAGAACAUCAGGCCCAGAGCGAGCAACUGGAAUAUUGCUAGAGAAACCGGAAACAACUACGCCAUGGACAAUUACUUACCACAGAUGCACAGAGGUCAGAACAUGCGUCAGUCAUACAAUGGCAGCGACAAACACAUUAUGUCCAUGCAGCAGAACAUGCCAACACUGGAGAACACAUCCAAGUCAUUCAUGCGCACACUGAGGAUUGAGUCUUACCUCAAACACCCCGACGUCCCUUUCGGAGACUCUUGUGACUAUUUAGACCAGUUUGAACCACAGGACAAAGCAAACCCCUUCAUGCAGGGAAGGAUAAGGUCUUCCCUUGUUUUCAGGUCCACAGUACCGGAGCAUUUGGAUCCAAACAGACACAUGAACAACUCUUCAACUCAUGUUAACUCUGCAGCAAACACUUCUAUGCACUACUCAUCCAUGCAGUGGAAUUCAACUGCAGCGGCUGAAAACAGAAUGAGUCAUGACGAGUUCAUGUUGAAGAGGAAAAGUUUGCAGAUUUUGGAUGACAAUCAGAAUAACGCAGGCUACGGUCCAGGUAGAAACUCUUAUAACUCUGUGUACGCUAGCUUAGGCAGAGCUAAAGGCAAACAUAUGAUCACAAACCCGGACAUCCUGACAGACAGUUGGCAGAAGAGACACAGCGUGGCAGAUCCAAGAUCAAACACUGAGUACGGACAUGAAUCCUCUGGCCACAUGUACGGAGCUUUCGCAAGGAUGCAAGUGAAUAGAAGCACUGCAGGGAUCAAUGCACAGAAUGGAGUAUAUGGGACAAAUCUGAAAGAGGAUCAGAGAUCUGCCUCUCAUUAUGAUGUCAAAAGCAUCACAAGCACAAAGAGCCCUGGUACCCCCCUUUGGCAGGAACCGCCAUCCAGGACUGUGUCUGCAGCAGCCCUGGAUGCGAAUAGCAAGGAUUUAACGGCUAAAUCUAACAACAAUGGCUCUCAGCAUUUUCUAAAAAAGAGCUCCAAGAAAAUCAAGUCGUUGCUGAACAUACCAGAGAAAAAAGAGAGCUCAACAGCUGAAACUCCGAGUCUGAAGUCAGACUGCAGCACAGACACCAUAACAGGUGGGGAUAAGGAAAGGCUGUCACUUGGAGGAGGAAAAGGCUACCAAAGCACAAGCAGCUCUGUUCGCUCCUCCUCAGAGCACCAGAAGGAGCACAUAGAGGAAGACCAUCUAAAAUCUUCGAAACCUCGAUUCAGAACAGAGGAGCACCAAAGUCCAUCCCAGGUCUCUCUCCCUAAACCUAACACAGAGAACAAACCCAGCGGUUUUGACAAAAGCGUGAGGUUGGGCCUCAACUCAGUGAGCUGGAACAAAGAUCGAGGCACAGAGACUCGAAUUUACAGCAGAUUUGAGCCUUUAUGUUCAUUUGAUAAGAAACCAUCUGUGCGUUCUGCACAAAGUUUUGGAAACACACACUCUCAGGAGAAAACCAAAGGCCUCCCUAAAGUUGAGGCAGGUAUUGAACACAACCUCACUCGGGCUGCACGAGUGCACCAUGAAAAUAAGCUGGAGAAAUUCAUCAAUCGAAUGGGAAAUCUCAUACACAAGAACAAAUAGCCUCAGAGUCAAAACAGCACACUUAUUACCAAUGCACACUUGACUCAUGAUGUUAAUAUUCUGAGAGGUGGUCUUUAUUUCUGAGUUUUCUGUGGAAAAUGUUUUUAUCAAACACUGUUUACAUUUUGACCCCCGCUUAUGUUUUUGUGUACAGAUGCACUGAUAAAUACAACUGAAAGGAGAAUGUUUUUUUAUAAGUACAGAUCUUUAUGUAAGAAAAUCAUAGACGUUGUCUUUAUGUCUUUCCUCCUCUGGCAUCAACCUGAAGCAAUAAAUUUAAACGACAGACACUGCAGAUGCAUGAAGUGGUAGUUGUGUCAUAAUGUCAAAGAGGGUAGAAUUUAUUGCUGCGGCUGUAGGUGUGUGCACAUAAGGGCUGUUGUCACUGCAUAUAUUCAGAGGAUUAUUGUGAAGUUGUUGCAGCAUGCAUUAGUACUCAAGCUAACCACAUCAUGAGAAACAAGCCAGCCUUAGACAGGUUUUAUGAACGCAGUUGCAAUGUUUUUGAAAAAUGGACACAACAGGAUAAAUCAGACGUCAAAGACAGAAGAUUUUCUCAGACGUCAUCCAUCCAAGAUUUGCAAUAAAUUUUUGUGAAGAGCUGAACUUAAUGUACACUGUAAGCACAAUGUUAAAUACAAUAUGUAGUCCACUCUGAUUUAAGUAUUUUUUUAAUCUUUCAUUCUUUCCUCAAAAAGAAGGAUACGGGGGAAAACUCAAAGCACCACAGCCUCCAGUGUAAAACAUAUGCACACCAAGUGGAGAAAUUCAGCUCUUUUAUACAUAAAUAUUUAUUUAUUCUCUGCAGUUAGAUACUUGGUGCUACAACUGAGUAUUCAGGGGUUUUUCAAACAGUCAUUUAAUUGUAACUUGCUAGCCAGUCCCACACCGGUUGAAUGUGUUUUGCCUCAGUGAUAUUUGUGGGAAUGAAUAAUUUUAAACGCACUUGAUGUUGUUGAGAAAAUGGUGAUAAAAGUGAUGGAUGAUGA